AAUGAUGCUAAUUGCGCGUGCGCUUUCGCAGUUUGUUAGUAAGAGUUGCUUGGUGUGUCGGUGUUAUCACGUAUUUGUGGAAUUAAAGACCUCGUAAAGCGUUUGUAACAAGAAGAAUUCGACUUUUGCGAAUGCAAUUCUGCAAUUGAAUUUGAUGGCCCCAGAGAGAAGAUUACCAAUUCUGAAAACAGAUUUUAGUGUUUUGGAUCAAGAAUUUAGUUCUAUUCGAGAAAGAUUCGAUAACGAGAUGAGAAGGAUGGAAGACGAGAUGAAUCGAUUCCGUUCGCAAAUGUUAAGUCGUGAACACGAAUUCUUUGGUAUGAAGUCUCAAAAGCAAGAGGAAGCCACCAUCACUCAGUCGUCAUCCGUGAGCGGUGAAACAACUCAUAGAUCAGAAGUUCGAGCAUGGUUAGACGGAAUGAAUUCACCUCUUAUUCAAGAUAGUACAAGUGGGAAAAUAUUAAAACUUCGCUUCGAUGUUAGUGAAUAUCAACCCGAAGAAAUCAUGGUCAAGACUGUGGAUAACAGACUACAGGUUCAAGCGAAACACGAAGAGAAAACAGACAGCAAGUCAGUUUAUCGAGAGUACAAUAGGGAAUUUCUUCUUCCAAAAGGAACCGAUCCAGAACAGAUAAAGUCAGCAUUAUCCAAAGAUGGAGUCUUGACAAUCGAAGCUCCUCUGCCAGGACCUUUAGAACUUACCAAAGAGCACACUAUUGCUAUCGAAAAAGAGUAAACAGAAUUUGGCUACGUUAUUCUAGAAUUAGUCACUUCUUCUUUCUGUAUGUGGUAAUAAGGGUUUUUGCCUUAUUUCCUUCCUUUCACAUGUUUCUAUAGCCUUGACUAUUGCACGCGUGUGCUGUAUCUCGAUACAAACCAAAUAUUUUGUGAUAUAUAUUUUUGAUUGUACGUCUUCAUAGUAAACAGAAUCUGCUGGUAAAUAUUUUGCGAUUUUAUAUUUAUUCGAUAAAUAAACAUAUAUGGGAAAUUAAUA